GGCGCGUCGCGAAAUGCUGACGUACCUCAGUAGCGCGGGGAAUUUCGAGUGGCAGUGAGACCAGUGGGUAGCGGAUACCCCCCGCCUUUUUAGGGGAGACCAUGGACUCCUUGGUCGAACAACGGUGGCCUCCGGGGCUGGCAGUCAUGAAGCCAGUAGAUGAUUUGCUGCGGUGUGGAAUUUGCUUUGAAUAUUUCAACAUUGCAAUGAUGAUUCCUCAGUGUUCACAUAACUACUGUUCUCUUUGUAUAAGAAAAUUUCUGUCCUAUAAGACACAAUGUCCAACUUGUUGUGUGACAGUCACAGAGCCGGACCUAAAAAAUAACCGCGUGUUAGAUGAACUGGUAAAAAGCUUGAAUUUUGCACGGAAUCAUCUGUUGCAGUUUGCCUUAGAGUCGCCACCUGUAUCCCCUGCUUCCUCCUCUUCAAAGAACCAUGCUGUCAAAGUACAAAGUACUCCUGUAGGCUUCAGACAUUCUUUAAAGAAAGGGAGCAGGUUAAUGGAGAAUUUCUUGAUUAGAGAAACUGGUGGUUCCAUGUCAGAGUUGUUGAUAAAAGAGAAUGAAAGCAAAUUCAGCCCUCUGAAGGAGCUGAGCUCUUCUGCCAAGACUGGAGGGCCACCUUCUGUAGAAAAAUCAGCUCCAGGUUCCUCAGAGGCCAUUGUUCCUGAGACACCCUCUACCUCAGCCUUGAAACAAGUUAAUAAAGUGGAUUGUCCUGUUUGUGGGGUUAAUAUUCCAGAAAAUCACAUUAAUAAGCACUUAGACAGCUGUUUAUCACGUGAAGAGAAGAAAGAAAGCCUCAGAAGUUCUGUUCAGAAGAGGAAGCUGCUGCCCAAAACUGUAUAUAACUUGCUCUCAGAUCGAGAUUUAAAGAAAAAGCUAAAACAGCAUGGAUUAUCUGUUCAAGGAAAUAAACAACAGCUCAUUAAAAGGCACCAAGAAUUUGUACACAUGUACAAUGCCCAGUGUGAUGCUUUGCAUCCUAAAUCAGCUGCUGAAAUAGUUCAAGAAAUUGAAAAUAUGGAGAAGACUAGGAUGCGUCUUGAAGCUAGUAAACUGAAUGAAAGUAUAAUGGUUUUUACGAAGGACCAAACAGAAAAGGAAAUAGAUGAAAUUCACAGAAAAUAUCGUAAAAAACAUCAGAAUGAAUUUCAGCUUCUGGUAGAUCAGGCCAAAAAAGGAUACGAGAAAGCCGUUGGAAUGUCAAAAAAAAAAGUAACGAAAAAAGAUGAUGAAUCUACAAAAGACCUCUUGUCUGUAUGCGUGGGACCGGAGGAUAAUAAAAUGAAAUUGUCAGAUACGCCCUUUGUAACAAAGCACCUCCCUCAAUUAAUGCUGGACUCCCCAGGGAAGUUAGAGCCUGACAGACCAGAUGAUUCUUCCAGUUGUACUGAUUUUCAAGAAGAAGCUCUUUCUUCAUCAGAAUCAGAUUCAUGCAAUAGUUCCAGUUCAGACAUCAUAAGAGAUCUUCUAGAAGAAGAGGAGGCCUGGGAAGCAUCACACAAAAAUGAUCUUCAAGACACAGAAAUAAGUCCAAGACAGAAUCGUCGCACGAGAUCAGAUGAAAGUGUUGAGCUUGAGCCGAGAAAUAAACGGAACCGGAAUUAGUUUGGGCUUUGCUGACUUUCCCACUGCAGUGAUCAGAAUGUAGUCCUUUUUGUUGCCAUAUAGAUUUCAUGUUCAUAGAUGCCCAAAGUGAGGAUAUUAAAUCCUAAAUAUUAUAUUUAACUGAUUUUCAUUCUUUUCUGCUCUUCCAGGAAAAAAAAAUCUUAAAACAUCCUCACUUGGACCGUUACCUCCUGCUUCUAAGACAUCUCUCUCUAAAAAUACUGGCAUCCACAUGUUCCCCAGCUUUGCAGAGGGCAAAGACUUUUUGGCAAAGGGCUUUGUUUGAUUUUGUUUCUAAAUUCCAGAAUAUCCUUAAGCCAUUCUCUUCCAUGGAGAAACCAACUUCAUAAAAGGAUCCUUCAACACCUAUACCACAGGGAGCAAUAAGGGUAUUCAAGCUCUCUGUUUUUGGAAAGGCAGAUGCUGUUAACUCCUGUCCUGUGUGUGUGUGUGUGUGUGUGUGUGUGUGUGUGUGUACAGUGCCAGGAUGCCAGCGAGCUUGGUAUGGCCAUCACAGGAUGGUUGUUGCCUGAGUUUAAAGUGGUCGUUAAUCAGACCCGAGUCUUACCCUUUACCUGGAGUAGGAUGUUAGUACUGUAACCUAAAGGCACAGACAAUGACUUCGGAACAGAGUGGGCAUAUUCUCCAGAAACGGUACUUACAGAUGAUUACUUGGUCUUUUUGUUUCCACUUGGGUAAAUCGAAUCUUUAGCACUUUGAAUCCAGCUAUUAAAUAGAAAGGAUGCAAUAAAUGGAUUUUGUAAAUGAA